AUGAUGAUGCUCAUUCAAUCUGCAGAGAAUGAUAUGAAUACUACGGAAGAUGUUCUCGCACCAUCAUCGCAGGCUUAUCCACAUCAACUUUUUACCCAAAACAAUAAUUUUCAAAACAAUGCAAACACGAAUAAUGAUGAAGAUCGAUUCAUAAGCUCGCUGCGGACGUGGAACACGGACUCAACAAACACGGGAUCAUUAACGGAGGAUCCCUUUACCUCCAUGCAAGGAAGUUCAAGCAACAUUUUAGUUACAGUACGGGUGAGACCCGAGAGUGCCAGAGAAAAAGCAGAACGAAAAACAAGUUCCAUUGUGAGAGUGAUUGAUAGGAAUGUACUUGUUUUCGAUCCAUCUGAUUCUGCACAAGGAUCACAACAGCAACGUAGAGCACUUGGAUUACGACGAGGAAAAGAAUUAAGGUUUGCCUUUGAUCGCGUCUUUGAUGAGACAGCAACACAACUCGAAGUCUAUGAAAAUUCUGCAAAGGCACUUUUGGAGAGUGUCUUGGAUGGAUAUAAUGCCACAGUAUUUGCGUAUGGAGCUACUGGUGCAGGUAAGACUUUCACCAUGUUUGGCUCAGAAAUCAGUGGACCAGGAAUUCUGCCCUUAACCAUCAUUGACAUUUUUCGAAUGAUGGAGAAACGAAAACAUGAAAAAACAUACCGAGUGACAGUCUCAUUUCUUGAAGUGUACAAUGAAAACAUUCAUGAUUUGCUUGUCCCUCAAAACGGAAAAGCUGUCAAUCACGAAAUUCGUGAGGACAAAACUAAGGGAAUUGUGGUAUCAGGGCUUUCAGAGCACGAAUGUCACAACGCCGAUCAGGCUCUAGAACUUAUUCAAAGAGGUAUUUCGAAUAGAACACAAUUUGGAACUGCAGCAAAUGCUCAAUCAUCGCGAUCUCAUGCUGUUUUUCAAAUCAAUGUACAACAAACAGACCGAACAGCCAAUAUUCAAGCAGACGUGGGCGUUGGUAAACUCUCAUUGAUAGACUUGGCUGGUUCAGAAAGAGCCUCUGUCACCAAAAACCGAGGCGCCAGACUUGUUGAAGGAGCCAACAUUAACAAAUCUCUCCUUGCUCUUGCUAAUUGUAUUAAUGCGCUGGGAAAAAACAAAGGAAAGGGUUACGUUCCAUAUAGAAAUUCAAAGCUUACUCGUUUACUCAAGGACUCACUUGGUGGAAAUUGCAGGACCGUUAUGAUUGCCAAUUUGAGUCCAAGUGACCUAUGCUACGAUGAUACCUAUAACACUCUCAAAUAUGCAAACCGAGCCAAGAAUAUCAAAACAUUGGUUAAGAAGAAUAUACACAAUGUCAAUUUCCACAUUACCAAGUAUCUGAAAAUUAUUGAUGAGCUGCGCAUUGAGGUACAGGAAUUGAAGAUUCAACUACAAACCAAAGAAAAAGAACUUUCCACCAAUGCUCAACAACAGAAUGAGCAAUACGAAAAGGAACGACAAAGCACUGAAGGGUUGCGAGCCAGCCUUACCACAGUUUUCCAAGAUCAAAUCAAGAAUCGAAGAAUUUUACUAGAGCUCGAGGAACAGGACAGACAAAACUCUUUACAAAUUAUGUCCAUUAAGAAUGAAAUUGAGAGGUGGUCUCGAGAGCAUCCAGGUGAAGAAAAACCACUUCGUAUCCAUACACGUCAAAAAGAUGCAGAUACCCUUAUUCUUGCCAAGAGAGAAUAUGUUUCAAAGAAGGAGGAAAUUGAACAUCAAUUACAAGAAAAUAUAUCUUGCACCAAGUCCAUACAGGAUCAUGUUCCAAAAAUUAUUGGAAAUAACGAAUUGAGACAAUUACUUGAUCUUCAAGUGAAGGUUCAUGAUCAGGAAAUACUCAACCUAGACCUGGAAAGAAUGAUUGACCAUCACAAAUCUAAAGUUCAACGAAUGGCUCUCAUUUUGGAGGAUGCUCAAUAUUGUUCUUCAAAAGCUCACGACGUCAUGCAAGACAUGUAUGAUCGAUUGAAAGAAACCAAUUCAUUGACUCCCGAGCUUGAACGUGCCUAUACCAUGGCCUGCAACUUAUUAGAUGCCGUCGAAAAGCAGCAACAUGCUUUCCAAGAAAGUAAUCAUCAUGGAACAAGUGGCACAAACGGCUGUUUAGCUUUCGACACUGAUGACGAUGCAAUGGUUGAGGAUGCUCUCAAGACUCCCAAAAACAUUCACACAGGAGCCAAGAAGCGACGAAACAGUUCAACCACUCAAUUCUCCUCUCUUUUCCAACUUUCAUUCCCCAAUGUACCUACAGGAGACAAGAAAUUCGUUAUUACGCCUGAAGAGUUUGCCCAACAAUCCUCCUCCAAAUUGAUUCGAGCUCGACGUCAACAAAAAGCCAUGCCUUCCUCAAAUGCUUCUGCCUGCGGUCGACAGAAUGAUGAUCACAGUGGAAAAAAACAACCCCUCAUUAACAAUUUCUUGAUUGAGGAGACUCCAUGUGUCGACACGACCAUGGUAAGCGAUUCAGGAUCGGACAAGUCCAUAUCACCUCCAUUGUCUCCUCAAAUGAAUAACCUCUCUCUUGUGGACAAUCACCCACAACAGAGUAUAGUGCUGACACCAGAAGACGACGAUCUCAUCAUGGAAGAUUUGAAUGAUGGUGGCGACCAAAGUAACAACAACAACUCUGUCUUGUUCAAAAAGGCAUUGGGUACUCAACAUUCCUCGCAGGUCAACCACAACACCACCACCGCCACUCAAUCGUCACCUUCAAAGAGGAAUCACCACACGAACAAUCAAGCCGAUCCUCAUCAUGUUCACCGCCAUUUCUCGCCCCUCAAGAAGAGUGCAGUCGAAGACAUUAAUGCUCUCAAAGAAAAAUUUGAGAAAUUCAGAACUGACUAUUUGGAAACGAAGAAUGUUGAGCAAGGCAAACUGAGACGAGUACUCAAGAAACCAAACUCGCCAUCCAAGUCACAUGUGGAUCAUGUGAAUCCUCCUCUUUCACCCAAUCAACUGAAGGGUACUAAGACACGAAAAUUCGACGAUACCACCAAUGGUGUCCCUUCAACAACGAAGCGAAAGACCAAAAAGGUCAAAUUCGAAGGAGAUUCUCCAACCUCUCCAAAACCAAUACCAAGCUAUAUGGCCUACACCCAAUCGGCACAGCAUCGAAUUGGAGCCACACGAGAUUUCAAAAGAAAACCUUCCAUGCUUCCAGUGUCCUUUGCUGCAGAUAAUGAUUGGAUUUUGGCAUUGCGGUCCAAUAAGGAGAAUACACUCCAAACCUCUUCGAAUUCGACCUCGUCAUCAAUGGUUGGUGCUUUUGUUCAACACAACCCACCACAUGCCUCCACUUCCACAUCGACACUGAAACUGAUGAAGAAAAUCGUUCCAACUCACUCAUUCCCUUCAUCGUCCAUAACAAAUACAACCAAUCCUCUCAACCAACAACAUGUUGUUGCCAUGUCAUCAUCCUCACUGCCCUCCUCGUCCUCCUCGACACAUCAACAAGCACUUCCACACAAAGAGUUUCUUCCAACAUCUCCCAGAGGAGCCUCUACCAUCAGAUAA